GUAGCCUCGUCCAAUCAGAUCCGUGAAAACACGGCCAACAAACCCACCAACAACAACCUAACAGCUGAAGAAACAGACCGAGGACAGACCCAGCUAACAGAUGACGCCGCCAACCAACACGAUGCCAAACUCCAGAACGGCAAAGCACCAUCCACGGCGUGCGGAGAAGCGGAGGCGGAAGAUGGAGGACGAGGAAACUGCGUUCCCGCAGAGGAGAAAGAAAGCUCCAAUGACUCCACCUCUGGCAGCGGAGCUGUAACCAAUCAAAAGGAUGAAGCAGCACCAUCCAAAGCCAAUGACAACCAGGCUCCCACGAGGCACCGCGCCAAAGCUGGAGGCUCCAAACGGACGUGCAUUAAGAUCAUCACCAAAUCGCCAAAGGGCGACUGCUACGCACCUUCGAACGCGACGGUGGAGAUCGUCCCGGCCACCGAGAGGCAGAACCAUGUGGCGAGGAAGAUCGUGAAGAUGACCAAGCAGCCACCCAAGAAGAAAAAAGCACCAUCCUCUCGGGAAAAGAAGGUGACGCGCACCAUCAUGGCCAUCCUGGUGGCGUUCGUGGCUACUUGGACGCCAUACAACGUGAUGGUCCUCAUCAACACCUUCUGCUCCAGCUGCAUUCCCAACACUGUGUGGACCAUCGGAUACUGGCUCUGCUACAUCAACAGC